CGUCUUCUCAAGCUACCCCAUUUUCGGGUGGAAUUUUUUUAGAAAUUUCUCUCUCCUCGCAUUCGUACUAGAAGAAAUAGGCAGACGUUUGUUAGUUUGCAAACCGUGAACACCGUGCUGGAAGAACAAGGAGAGCGUCUCCUAGAAGCUGCAUCUAGCAUAGGUUUCUAGUAUUCGGGUAACUGUUGUCGCAUCGCGGAGUGUUCACCUCCGGCGACUAUUCGACGUCGAACUCGACGAGUGGAAAUCUCUGAUCGGCGAACAGUAGUAGCUCUUUGCAGGACUGGGCAGUGCUGUUUCUCCAAGGAGCAAAGAUAAUAGCUUUCGCCAUGCAGCCUCUACUCGUGGCCGUUGGGAUCCUUGUGCAGUUUCUCGUACUCGCUGCCUCGCCAGUCCACUCCCAAGCUGCGGGAACCGUCGGCAUUGCAGCUAACAUUUUGUGGGACUCUGUAUCAAUAACUGCGAUGCCUUAUGGGAAGCGAAGCAUCAGGUUGCAGUGGAUGAUGUCUGACGCAAAUAUCAAUGCUACAUCUGAUGGCUACUCAGCUGUUUGCAGCCAGGUGGAGGACUCUUCUUCUUUCUCGGAAAUUCCAGUUCCGGAUAUUUCGGCAGGAGGAGUGCCGAGCAGCGUGACAGUGGGCGGUCUGCGGCCUGGUCAGAACUAUUCCUGCUCGUUCAGGCUACGGUCUUCUGCCAAAGUUCUAACCUCGUCUGUUUACGCUACCACUGUGGAAGAAGUACCUAGCCAAGCGCCUGUGAUUGCCAACCUAACCGUACCUUCGACAUCUUCCGUCCACGUACAGUGGAAGAACAUACCAACACACUCCAUCAACGGGCAGCUGCGUGGCUAUCGCAUCACCUUUGCCGCCACCCAGUGCACGGGCUGCUCCUGCUCCGCCAAGUCCUGCUUCGCUGUCGGCGCAGACAUCAUCCGCACAAACACAUCCAGGAGCUCGCACGUCCUGAAAGGACUGUACGCCAACGUCGACUACGUCGUUCGCGUGCAGACGUUCAACGGCGUGGGCAGAGGUCCGCUCAGUGCACCAGAGACAGUGCUAACAGCGCUCCCAGUAAAGAGUGGUGCAAACGUGUUUGAUCUCAAACACGCCUACAUCUACGGUGGCAUCGUGCUGGGCCUCAUUGUUGCACUGGCUGUGCCGGCCAUGGUCUACUCGCUGUGCCGCAAUCGGGACACGCGGAAAUCAGAACCUCAGCAGCUUGGACAAUUGAUCAAGAUGCCCUCUGCCAUGAGCUGCGCUGCGAGCAACUUUGAUCUGCCAGUGACGUCGCGCAGCUUCACCAACCUUAUCGGCGCCCAAGUGCAUGUACCGGGUCUUGACGACGUGGCCAGCGGGUCUCGCAUCCUCUACCAAGGCUCGCCCGUAGCCUCUCCGCUACCCCUGCACCCGCAGAGGACCGACUGGCCGCAGAUGCACCACAUGCCAGCCGAGGAAGGCCUGGAGACGUUUGGCAAGAAGGUGGAGCACGACUACGACAUACCUGAGAUGCUCAUAGCCAAGGCAGCGGCCAGAAUGUCGGCCGCUGACCCCACCAACGCCGCUCCACAUUCGCCAGUGCCGCAGGCCGCAGAGCUUUCUUCCUCAUUUGUGCCAAUUCCGUUCGAGGAGGGCGUCGUGACGGUACCGGAUCCAACGGAACCACAGCCUAACAUCUAACACAUAGGGGAACUUUAACGCGUAGCCUGGAGUUGCAUAACAAGAUGAACCAACUGGGAUCGACACGCUCUGCUCUGCAGUCUGCUCUGUGAUGACGCACAUCACGUUGUGCCCUUCCUUGAAUCUAACGCAAAGUUACUCAGUUUCCUGGGAGAAUACAUGUUCGCGCGUGCCGUGCAGUGUGGCAGCUUGAGCGGCUCUGCUUGUCAAAGCACAGGCACGUUGACCAACUGGGGCCAGUUGGAAUCCAACAGCAGAGUCAAAUACGAUACCCCGAUUCCUUAUUGAUCGUGGUGCUCCGCUGGCCAUCAUGGCGCUGUCUGAAUUCUCUUUCACCGAAAUCAUGAUUAUCAUUCAAUACUAGUUUUGUCUGGACGGGACAACGUCCCACCGUAGCCACAUUAACCAUUGUAGCAGCAAGUCACUUUCUUGACAUUUGUGUGUGUGUGUGUGUGUGUGUGUGUGUGUGUGUGUGUGUGUGUGUGUGUGUGUGUGUGUGUGUGUGUGUGUGUGUGUGUGUGUGUGUGUCUGAUUCACUGAAAUCUUUCAUUUUGCAAAGUUGCUUUCCUGUGAAAUUUACCUUGUCUGUCUUCUUCUUUUUUGGCAUGCAUUUAUUUAGCCGCGGUGGCUCGAACGUCCACCUGUUGUACGUCCGCUUGUACACACGCCAGCACACACAACUGUUCUGAACUCACAUGUAUGUACAUGUUACACCACCGACUUCUCGACGGACUAGCUUUUCUCAACGUACUGCUGUGCAUAAUAAUUAUUAUUAUGUGCACGGUGUAGUCUGAUUGGACUGGCCAUGCGUGCACGCUUAGCACUUCUAGUAAUAGAAGUUCUAGCCGCAGCCUCCAGGCAGCCUUUCUCAAAGUUCAACAAUAAAGUCUGUAUUGCGUAUUACCAAA